CGAAUGGGGAACUGUAGACUACCGAGUUUAUAGCGAUUAGCUGUGUCGCCGCUAGGGGGGGAUGGCGAGCAGGACGUCACAACGGGCACACAGGAACUAGAGGGGUGUUGGUUUGGGAAAGCGGUCAUCAUGUCAUGUCUGGGUGAUUCUCCCUGUGUUGUGUACUGCAGUGUGAUCAGCCUGUGCCAGUGAUAAGGUAGCAGGAACUACCACUUCUAUUAUGCUGGGCAACUAUUGAAAACUUGUGGAAAUGGAUUCCUUUGGAGAGAACAGUGCUCCAUCCCACACGUUCAGUAACCAAUCACUAUGUAGCAGCACAGAAAACAAGUCUUUAGGACCUGAAUCUGGAACCUCUGGCAGUGACAGUCUUGAGCAAGACACGACAAGAUCAAGGGCUUUUUUAGACUCUUCAUGGUCUUCUUCAUACAGAGUUCCAGUAGAACAUUCUCCGUAUAAGCCACUAUUAGGGACAUGCAGAUCUCUAUAUCCUACUUAUGACAAAAUUGUUGACUCUGAAACGCAUUUAAGAAAUUCCCAAACCCUACAGGAACAGUACUGGGCUUGCGCAAUUCCAAAUUCCCUCCCUCCUCGUCCUGAUCGUGCAUCUCCCCACUGGGACCCAAAUAAAGAGUACCAAGAACUGCUAGAUUAUACGUAUCCUUUAAAUCCAAAGUAUUCUAUUAAUAAGGGUAAAGAAGAAAGUGAGACUGAUACCCUCUGGCAUGACUCUGGAGUAGACCUGGAUAGCUAUAAUACUUCAUGUAACAGCAAGUUUGGUUGUUCCUAUCAAGAAGACCACAAUCUAAAGACAAGCAGAUACCAGCUUACAAAUAACCUAAGUUCCCCAUAUGCCUUUUCCACGCCUUUAGUUAAAAGAACUGGUUAUUCUGGCUUACAGAACCCAUCUGAGUAUUCUCACAUACCUUAUUGUGACAUGCUCUCACCUUUUGCCAGCAAAGUAGAUCAUGCCAAGGGAUCCAUCACCUCCCCUUCUCUAACCAAAUAUGAUGUUUUGGAUCACUUCUCUACAGAUAAGUCUCCUGGAAGGAGUUUACAGAGGUCAGGUCAGUUUCUAGCUACAACAGCUGUUCUCCCAUUGCACAAAGAUGUGGACAUUGAUGAGGAGUAUCUUACCUUGCCACCAAGCCUGAAGGAGUUAGAGAACCUGGCUACACAUUUGAAGGACCUGUCCUUAAAUGUUGAUCAGGGUGGGCACUCAAAGUGUGGGCAAACCAAAGGCUAUAAGCAGAACUGUCGUUUGUUUGGAAGUGACAAAAAUUAUGGAUUAGGAAAUACUAUGAAAACCAGUAUUUCUGAUAUUGACUUUAAAGAUCCAAGAUAUGUAUCCGAUUUGUUCAACAGUGAGAACCACACUGACUCUGAAACAAAUCGGUUCUCAUCUCUCAGAGACAUGCUUGAUGGGGGGCUGUCAUCACAUGCCUAUGAAACGACAGGGUCCCCUUCUGUGCAAAAAGCCCAAGAGAAUAAAUCCCUUGUCCAAAGAAUUCAGAGGUUCUGCCAUCACCUGGACAGGCUAAUCCAGUGGUUGUACAGUGUUGCAGAAAUAACGGACAACUGGACUGCUCCGAAACCCAAUGUUGAGAGCAUACAGGUGUCUCUCAGCCUUUACCUGAAAUUGAAGAGAGAUGUGGCAGAGCAGCGGACACUGGCUGACACUAUUAUAAAGGAUGGAGAGUCCCUAGUUAAAUCCAUGGCGCUCAAUUCCUCUGUUUUGAAGGACACCCUGACAUUAAUUUCAACACAGUCUGGGAAGCUUGAAAAACACACUGAGCUCCUGUAUGCCUCUGUUCUCAAAGCUAUGGAUACCAUCACCGAGGAAAACUUGGGGAGGAACAGCAACAUGAAACAGCACGUUUCCCUGGAGAUGGAGUCAGGUUAGAUGAUGCAACUUGAAGGAGGGAUGUGACAAUCAAUAUAAAAGACUUGUUCUGGUUUGGAAUGGUUUAUUAUUAUAAAUAAUUUAAGGUAAAGUGCACUCAGUUAAACAAGCAUUUCUCACCACCGUACCUUCGCUAGGUACAUAGGAAGAUAUGAUCCAUCCAGCUACCUGCUCCAUUUGAGGAGCGUUGCGUGACUCGUCAUCAUUACUAACGUGAGAAGGCCAAAAAGUAUUUAUUUCUUAAUGCAGUAGUUUCACAAAAGUGUCCCCGGGGCUUGACAAACUGUGUUUUGGUUAAACUCUUCAGGCCACAGGUAUAUAUUAUACUGAUGGGGAGCGUAAUGCAUCAACACAGUUCGGAAUAGGAGUGCUAGAUCCUUGUGGCGAGUACACCUAGCGUUUAAAAUGAACACUGGUAUAGCCAUAAUUGCUACAUGGUGGGUUUUCUUGUCCAUAUUUCAGUUUGAGUAGUCUUAAUUCUCCAUAAAGGAUCAUCAUUCCCUAUUCGACAUGUGACGUUCACUGCAUUCAGCAGAGAUAACUCUGUAUUCUAUAAUGCACUGUUGAUGAGGUCUGAACACAUUAAGUCGCGCUAUAAUUCCUAUUAUGACAUGUUAACAAAUUGCAGCAGCAAGUUUAUUAAUUUACAAACUACCUUAUGAUUUUUAUAUUCGUUUGUAUCUGUAUUUCAAUGGUUUAUUUUUAUGUCAACUAUUAAAAGUAAUAUACUUUAA